UUGGAUAUUAAAGCAAUCAUGAACUAACAAUAGUAGCUGUGGGAUGUGAUUCUGGAGUGUGAGGAUGAGGCCUUUGAGCAGUUUAGGGAUUGGUCUUAGUCUGGUUUUCGGUUUUCUGCUUUUGGCUCUUGUUGCGGAGCUCUAUUACUUGUUAUGGUGGAAGAAAAGAUUCACCAACAGAGAAAUUGAUGAUGAUUACAGCAGCCCUGGGAGAGAGCUAUUUUACCCAUUCUGCUGGAAGAAACCACCGUUGUUGAGUUCCACAGCUUUGAGCCCUCAGGAACUCUGCACCUCUGUGAGAAUUACAGGGGCCCAUGGCCAUGAAACAGAGAAUCAGCUUAACCUUUGUUCAGGUUCAAAUAGGGAUUUUCUGCUGAAACCCUUUGAAGAGGACGACGAUAUGGAUUUGGAACUCAUGAUGCUGCAUAAUCUAGCUGGGCCUCCAAGAUUCCUCUUCACCAUCAAAGAAGAGACAAAGGAGGAUUUGGAAUCCGAGGAUGGGAAGUCCAGAGGUGAUAGAAGCCGAAAAGGGUCGAGAAGUAGGAGCUUGAGUGAAAUAUUGACAGUGGAGACCCCUUUUUUGACUCCUUUGUCUUCUCCGCAAUUUUUCACUCCACCGCUGACCCCUGUGGACUCGCAUAGCCAACAUGGAUUCAACCCUUUCUAUGAAUCAUCAACAGGUGCGGAGCUGAACAGGAUUAGGUCUUCACCACCUCCAAAAUUCGGGUUCUUGAAAAAUGCGGAAGAGAAGCUGUACAGAAGAAAACUGAUUGAAGAAGCCCAGAAAAAGAUCCAUAAAAAUGGUGGGUUUGUUCAAGAUGGGUUGGCGAACGCUCCUCCUGCUUCAUCUGUGGUCACAAAUGAGGAAGAUGGAUCUUUUAUCACUAUCAUUGUCGGUAAAAACAAAGAGAGAGAGUUUCAUCACCACCAUCAACUAGCACAUCACCAUUCUAGUGCUUCACAAGUGCUACCUCUAGAUUCUUCUCCUUCCACAAUCCAGCCAGUUUACAGGAAACCCGUCUUGCAUUCCAGUCCCAUGCUGAGAUGAAAAAAAUAAAAAUAAGAAACGGGCUAUAAUUGAUCUCUUACCCCCCCCCCCCCCCCCCCAAU